AUGGAUGCCACCCAGAACCCAACAGAGAAUCCCUGCGACCCGGGACUUACGUGCCACCCUGUGCGGCGCGAAGGCACCUCGUGCCACGUGUCGGUUCUCACAAUGGUCCGACUCUCAGCUGACUCUCAGCAAUCCGUGAUGCAGGGAUCACUUCUCCUCGUUUCCUUCCUCCUCGCAUCGGGCACUCGGGGGCAGGCCCCGUGUCCCGAUCCCGAUCUCAUCUCGCCUUGUGUCUGCUCCACCUACGUGAACGAAAGCGGCGAGGUCGUGACGGUGGACUGCUCGAAUGCCACGACGAGCGGAGAUAUCUUUUCCGCCUUUAACGACGUUGAAUGGCCUUUCGCUGAACUCACGGAAUUCAGACUGAUUUCGAACGAGCGAGUGGAUUCCCUCCCGGAUGGAGCGUUUGGCGGCGUCUCGUUCCAGACAAUCUUCAUUCACUCCACCGCCUUGAACACCAUUCAUCCCUCGGCGGUGCUCUCGUCGAAGGACAGACUCGAACUGAUGAGGGUGACGGACAGCUUCCUGACGGAAUUCCCCUGGGACGCCCUGUCUCAGUUGAGCUCGCUCGCUCGGCUGGACCUUCAGGGGAACGCCUUGAUGGCACUGCCGGCCGUGCAGAGUCCCAGUCUCGAGGAUCUCCUGCUCCUUGGUAGUCGAAUCCCCCAACUCCAAGCCGGUUGGUCCACGCCCAACAUGAAGUAUCUCGAAUUCGACCAGAAUCCGAUCUCGGAGUUCCCGCCCGCGUUCCUGGACGACAUGGAGAACCUAGUCCAGCUGUGGUGUCGGUCAUGCGGCCUCGGGCCGACCCUGCCGAGCGGGUCGCUGCAGUUCCACAGCGAGGCCCUGGUGUACGUGGUGCUGGACGAGAACGGCAUCUCGAGAGUCGAACCGGGAGCCAUCACGGGUCUCACGCCGGAAACGAGGCUCGAUCUGUGGUUCAACGAAAUAUCGGAGUUGUCGGAAGAGUCCUUCCGUCCGAUGCUGGAGAUCCUCUCGCUCGGCAACGGAUACGUGGAUCUCUUUGAAAAUCCGGUGGUGUGUGACUGCAGCAUGGCCUGGAUCGUGCUCGAUCCGGCCUUCCUGGCCAGCAUCGACGGUUUUUGCACCGACGGAACGUGGUUCAUCGACCUGGAUCCCGACUUCUUCCAGGAGUUUUGCGUCGAAGAGACAGCCCUUGCGCCAGACGAUUUCUGGGCGGAAUAA